GCACGCCAACUACACGUACUACGUAGUUAGGCGCCUUGACCAAAACCCCGCGCCAGUAACAAUGCAGAUUUCAGUUUCAGUACCUUGAUGCAACCACCUGGAGAGUCGCUUUUUCUAUGAAGAGACCAAUGUCUGCAAGCAACCCUGGACCUCGCUCCUCAUCGCGUUUGGCUGGCCUGAAAUCCUACCUUUCCACACAGAACCUUCGUACUGUUAUACCAACUCGUCGAGCGCUUAGGCGAGGAGAGAGCGGCUAUGUCGACGGGCAGACGACAACGCAGAGCUGGAGUCAGUGGGCAGGUCAGAAAAUCAGGCGGAAUGGAUCAGAUAUAACAACCAUGGAUGAAGUCACUCUAUUUCCUGGCUGGGCAUCCCGGUGUCUUACGAUUGAACAAGACGAUGAAAACGCAUUUGACCUAGUUGUAUUUGUCUCGGGCUAUGCGACCACACGCAGGUCACCAGAGUUUCUUACCCGCUCCCAGCGUGCGUUUCUGAGAUUAGCUAGAGGUUAUGCAUCUCUACCCAAACUACCGGGCCAACAAUCGCCCGUCAAAGAAUCAUCCAUGAUAGAAAUAGACGGCAUUAAACUACCUCCCCGUCCAGAAGAAAUAUCAGAUGACUUCGAGAUGGAACUUGACAAGGAAUUCGACCACAUGAGGCACCCACAAAAGCCUUUCACCGAAGAACCAUAUGACUCUGAAUCUGACCCUCAGCCGGCACCUUCACGUUUCGACACGUCAGCACCGUUUGGGAGCGCUCUGCUCCAUAAGCAACACAGUAACCUCGAGGCACGUCUGCGACCAUUUUGGUCAUCUGCAUUAGCAUCCCGCACUGUACAAAUAUCCAUCUUUGCUGUAUCCACUGCCCCGGGCAACUCCGAUUCGAAACGUGACGCUCUCGAGCAUGGUCCGCUAUACAUUGAACACGUGGUUACUGGACCAGAUGGCGCCUUUGCAAACCCCUUCAAGAUUCCCUGGCAGAAGCUAUCUAGGCAUCCUCUAGCACAACACAGACCAUUCGACAGAUUAGACAUAGAGCAAGAACUACUCGUUGCUGCAAAGCUGUUACCUGAGCCCGCUCCCACACCCGCAUACAUGAUUCCAGCAGACGUCCCAAAGCAUAUUUCGCUGGUUGUUCCAAUCACAUCUUCACCCGUCCGUGUGAUAACAGACAUAGACGAUACUGUCAAACUCUCGAACAUCACGAGUGGUGCUCGUGCUGUCUUCCGCAAUGUUUUCGUUAAAGACCUCGAAGAGACGACUAUUCCAGAGAUGGGGACAUGGUAUCAGGCGAUGUGGAGGCGAGGCGUUCGCUUCCACUACGUCUCUAAUUCCCCCUUUGAACUUCUCCCAGUCAUCAAAGAAUUUUUGCGGAUAUCCGACCUCCCGCAGGGAUCAAUUUGCCUUAAAUCCUACAAUGGUAGAUCCUUCUUCAACGCCCUUCUUUCUGACCCCGCCACACGCAAGCGCGCGAAUGUGGUUGACGUCCUAGACGGUUUUCCCGACUCGAAGUUCAUCCUGAUUGGGGAUUCAGGCGAGCAAGAUCUGGAGCUGUAUGCGUCCAUCGCCAUGGAGCGUCCACAGCAGAUUCUGGCUGUGUUCAUCCGAGACGUACAUGAUGCCGGGCUUGCGGAUGCUACAGGUAGUAUGGCGAAUCUCAUGACCACGAAGCCUCCAGUCAAGAAGACGAGUUUGCCAGCACAGCCCCUUGCUACCCGACCACACCCCCUUCGCUCGAUGUCUGAUCCGGACACUUUGAAUAACUCGGAGCUGUACGUUGCAAAUUCGGGAUCAUCCAUGAAGAGGAGACCUACACCCAAAUUUACCCUACCCCCACAAUCAUUUUCCUCAUUCGAUAUUCCCGAAAAUGUAACACCAGAAUCUAAAAGCAAAUUCACGCCGAGGAUGUCCGUGGACUCCAUGAGCUCGGCUGGUUCGAGUUCGAGUUCUUUGUCGCGCAACUUCAGACGGGCGACUGGUCAAACGACGCCGCCAAUGACGGAGGCGGAGAAGAGACGUUUCGAGUUGCAGAAUCGCGUGAACAAAGCAAGAUUAAUGAUGGGACCUGACAUCGUUCUGCGAAUGUUCAGGCUCCCAGAGGAGUGUAUAGAGACUGAGCAGCUUCUAGAACCACUGAAGGAUAGGAACGGGAGACCCACAUAGGGAUGUAUACGGCCUAAUUGUAAUUUAUGUAUCGAGCUCGCAUGUAUGGGUAAUGAAGAUCCACAGGUAUAUGGAUACAGUCCGUAUGUUGAUUAGGAGGAUGUGACAGGCG